AUGUCUUCUGAUGUUGUCGGUUCUAUGGUUGUUGUAGAGGGAAAAGCAGACUCGGAAAAACCUGUAGAUCGUGAAAAAACAUGCCCUUUACUCUUAAGAGUGUUUUGUUGUACAGGCAGACAUCACAACAUUUCUGAAUAUGGAAGAGGAAUUGUUCCAACAAAUGAGCUACAAAUAUACACAUGGAUGGAUGCCACUUUAAGAGAAUUAACAAGUUUGGUAAAAGAAGUUAAUCCAGAUGCGAGAAGGAAAGGAACAUUUUUCGAUUUUUCUUUGGUUACCCCGAAUAUUCAUGCGCCUGGAUACAGAAUGAGAGAAAUUGGUACAACCUGCUCAGGUCAAAGAGGAGCAGAUGAUAGUAAAACUCUUGGGCAAGUUCGUUUCAUUAUUGGCGAUUAUUUAGAUAUAUCAAUAACACCCCCUCAUUUGGCACAAAGGCCUGGAAUGAGACUUGGGCCCAUGGAUCGAUUUGGUGGUUAUAGGGAUGAUAGAAUGGGACCAAUGAGAAGACCUAGGCAAUAUUGA